GAAAACCAUUUUGUAAAUGUCGUUGACGCGGAAAGGCGGCGGUUAAGAAGUGCCUUCCAUAACGGUUCUACAACGAGUUAGAGGAGAAUCCCAGAACACUGCGAUUAGAAAACUAUGCGUCGCCCGAAAUUUUCAUUAAAGAAAUAUUUUUAUUUUACGCUCAUUUGUGCACUGUUGUUAAUAUUCGGCUUUAAUUUACGAGAACAUGAAAUCUGGAAAUCGAAAAGCGCGCCGCAGCAAACACAAGCACGCUCGCCGGAGGAGCAAGCAAAACAACCGUUACAAUACUACACGCAUUCAUCCUCCAAUAGUUUGGAGCCGGGUAAGCGCGCAGCAGGGCGACGGGCAGAGGGUAUUGGCGAUGGCGGUGGCGGCGAGGACACCGAUAACGACGAUAGCGCAGCUGCGCGCAGACAUGCAAAUAUAAUCAGCACCAGUAAUACGCUGGGCGGGGGCGAAAGCAUAAAUAGCGGCGAGCAAAGCGAGCAGCAACAGCUGCAAUUACAUCCAGGGCAGGUGCCACUGGAACCCACCUCAACACGGCCUUGGUUCUUCCGUCAAGGUGAGUACUAUCCAAAGCCGGCGCGAACUGGGCCUACGCGUGAGGCGCAUGGCAAACGCGGCGGAGGUGGCGCAGGCGGAACGGGACAUGGCAAGAAGCAUAAUCCGCGUGGCGCACGCCUCUUUCCCUACCAAGAUCCGCACAGUGAUCGCAUCGUCAAUCAGUUGAUGUAUGUGCCGCCGAACUAUGAGAAAGUGCGCGCUAGCGGCCGACUGAAAGUUAUACUGCUCUACAAUGGAUUGGGUCCAUGGAAUGUGAAGCAAGGGCGUGAUGUCUUCCUUCGCUCGAAAUGCCCUGUGGACACUUGCGAACUGACAUCGAAUCGCGGUUAUGCUGACAAGGCCGAUAUGAUAUUGUAUAAGGAUCAUUUCAUACCGACAGGCCUAGGCAGACCAUUGAAUCCGAGGCAAGUUAGCAUGUUGUACUAUCUGGAAUGUCCGUAUCAUACACAAAACGUUAAAGUACCAGAUGCUAUAAAUUGGACGGCCACCUACAGGCGUGACAGCGACAUUGUAGCGCCCUAUGAAAAAUGGGUUUACUACGAUUCGAAAAUCCAUCAAGCCGAGCAGGAUCAUAACUAUGCUUUGAAUAAAACAAGAAAAGUUGCCUGGUUUGUUUCGAAUUGUGGCGCACGCAAUGGACGUUUGCAAUUCGCGCAUGAGCUGCAAAAAUAUAUUGAU